AUGACACAGUUCAAAAAGGAUCUUAACGGCAAAGUAGCCAUUGUCACUGGUUCCAGUCGUGGCCUCGGAGCUGCUAUUGCAAAGAGAUUGGCCGCUCAUGGAGCUGAUGUGGUUAUUAAUUACAAUAGCUCGGCUAAUGCCGCCGAAGAAGUCGCCAGCGACAUCCGUAGGACGCAUGGUGUUAGAUCUAUAGUCAUCAAAGCAGAUAUUUCCGACGAUCAGGAUGUCAUUAGACUGUUUGAUGAAGCCAAGGAUAAACUUGGGAGGAUUGACGUUGUGAUGAGCAAUGCAGGUAUUGAGCAUUUCGGGAACGUGGAGAGUAUAUCCGGCGCCGAGAUCGACUACGUCUUUUCUGUCAAUGUCAAGGGCCAGUUCUUUGUCGCCCAGCAAGCCUCGCGUCAUAUGGAAGAUGGUGGACGUCUCAUCCUCAUGAGCAGCAUGGCCGCCGUCAUGGGCGUCCCCCGCCACGCGAUCUACGCCGCCUCCAAAGCUGCCGUUACCGGUCUCGUGAAGUGUCUCGCCUGGGACCUAGGAGUAAGAAAUAUCACGGUCAAUUGUGUUGCUCCUGGGGGCGUCAAAGGCACCGACAUGUAUCGCCAGAAUGCCAAUGAAUAUUUUAUAGGUGAGAAGCGUCUGAACAGCGAGGAAGUUGAUACCAGGGUCGCAAUGUGGUCGCCCCUGAGAAGGCUUGGCAUGCCUGAUGAUGUUGCCGGGGCAGUUGCUUUGUUGUGUAGUGAGGAGGCUGGCUGGAUUACGGGGCAAACAAUCCAUGUUGGUGGAGGGGCGCAUAUGGCGACUUCGUGA